AUGCGUUUCUCUCUCGCCACCGUCGUUGUCGCCGCCCUUGUCGGCACUGGCAUCGCUGCACCUCUCGCCCGCCGCACCCUCGUCAGCGAGGUCGGUGGCCUCCUCGUUGGCAUCACCCAGGGUGUUGUCGUCGACGUUGUCGCCCUCGAGACCCAGCUGACUGGUCUCCUUGGCCCCAUUGUCGCCAAGAUCGAGUCUGUCAUCAAGGUUACCCUGGCUGAGAAGCUCGUCAGCCUUGUCCACGGUGUUGAGGGCAAGGUCGCCGCCACCGUCAACGUCAACAACGUUGUCCAGAUCGUUGGUGAGGCUCUUGCCAUGGUUGCCCAGGGUGUCGACCUCAACGCUGUCAACGCCUACCUCAACGCUGCCACCAACGGCCAGAUCGUCUCCCUCGAGGUUGCUCUUGGCAUCCCCAACCUGUCUCAGGUCCUUGGCCUCGUCCAGCACUAA